ACUAUUACUGGAGUAUUACUGGAUUAUUACUGGCCGGGAUUUAAUUGGCAAACGAGCGCAGCGUGUUGUCGUGCAGUGCAGCCCUGUAGCCCCCACAGGGACACGUCUCUAUCCGGGCAGUUACUUGGCUGAGCAGAAACUCGCUUUGGGGAUUUGGAGAAUUUACCUCUGGAUUCACCUGUUUGCGGCUCCGCGCUGCAGAGCGGCUCCGUGGAAUAACCCGACCUCAGAUGAAAGAGAAGACGUUCAAAAGAAGACUUUCACAAAAUGGGUAAACUCACAGUUGGCUAAGACAGGGAAACCACCUGUGGAGGACCUGUUCUCAGACCUGUGUGAUGGACGACGCCUGCUGGAACUGUUGGAGGGGCUGAUGAGACAUGGGCUGGUGAGGUUGGAGAAAGGCUUCACUCGUGUCCACUCACUUAACAAUGUCAACCGCGCUCUGCAGAUCCUGCAGAAGAACAAUGUUGAUUUGGUGAAUAUAGGAGCAGCGGAUAUCGUUGAUGGGAAUCACAAACUGAUUCUCGGCCUCAUCUGGAGUAUCAUUCUCCACUGGCAGGUAAAGGAUGUAAUGAAGUAUGUGAUGGCGGGCCUACAGCAGACUAACAGUGAGAAGAUUCUGCUGAGUUGGGUUCGUCAAAAUAUACAGCAAUAUCCUCAGGUCAAUGUGGUUAACUUCUCCAGCAGCUGGAAUGAUGGAUUAGCCUUCAAUGCCCUCAUCCACAGUCACAGACCUGAGCUUUUUGAAUGGAGUUCAGUUGAGAAGAAGACGUCAGCAAUCGACAGACUGGAACAUGCCUUUAGUAAAGCAGAACAACAUCUCGGGAUAGACAGGCUGCUGGAUCCUGAAGAUGUGGCUGUACCUCACCCUGACAAGAAGAGCGUCCUCAUGUACGUGACGUCGCUCUUCCAGGUGCUUCCACAGACUGUUUCUAUGGAAGCCAUUCAGGAAGUUGAAACCCUCCCACUAUCAACGGCAUCCAGCAUCAGCCAUGUGACGGCGGAGGAGCACUACAAGAUCCAGACCCAACAGCGUUACUCCCAGCAGAUCACAGUGAGUGUGGCUCAGGGGCGUGUGCAGAGUCCUUCUCCUCCGCCUCGCUAUAAAAGCUAUGCCUACACCCAGGCUGCAUAUGUCAAGUCGCCAGAGCUAAAGAGGAGACGUUUUACUGAUCAGCUCCUGAGUGCCAGCCAGGAGGAGCUGCGGCGGGGCCUCAGUCCUCUUCCUCCCGGCGCAACCAACCUGGAGAACUACCAGGCUUCACUGGAGGAGGUGUUGACAUGGUUGCUGUCAGCUGAGGAUGGUCUCCAGGGCCAGCCUCCCAUCUCCAGCAAUGUGGAAGAGGUGAAGGAACAGUUCCACACACAUGAGGGGUAUAUGGUAGAGCUGACCACACACCAGGGCAGCGUGGGGCGGGUCCUCCGGGCCGGGGCUGCCCUGUUGAGGGAGGGAAACGUUAGUGAAGAAGAAGCAGAAGAAGUCAAGGAGCAGAUGAACCUCUUGAACUCCCGGUGGGAGCACCUGAGAGUGGCUAGCAUGGAGAGACAAAGCAGACUCCACGAGGUCUUAAUGGAGCUGCAGCAUCAGCAGCUUCAGCAGCUCACAGACUGGCUCGGCAAAACAGAGGCACGAAUAAAGAAGAUUGGCUCUCAGCCACUUGGUCCUGAUCUGGAGGAUGUCAAGCUCCAGGUGGAGGAACACAAGCUCCUGCAGGAGGACCUGGAGCUGGAGCAGGUGAGGGUGAAUUCUUUGACCCACAUGGUGGUGGUGGUGGAUGAGACCAGUGGAGACAGCGCCACUUCCGCCUUGGAGAGCAAACUUCAGGUUCUUGGUGACCGUUGGGCCACUAUUUGCAGAUGGACAGAAGAGCGUUGGAUUCUGCUUCAGGAGAUCUUAUUGAAAUGGCAACACUUCACUAAUGAACAGGGUUUAUUUGACGGCUGGCUGACUCAGAAGGAGGAGCUUGUUCGCUCUAUUAAGACGUCCGACCUGAAAGAACAUGCAGAGAUGGUUACCUGUCUCUGCACUCUUUCUGUGGUAAAAGCAGAUCUUGAGGCAAAGCACCCCACGAUGGAUAAGCUGUGCUCUUUGAGUCAGGACCUGUUGUCAAGUAUUAAAAACAAAGAAGUGGCCAGUAAACUGGAGGCCAGACUGGACAGCUUUGCCCAGCGUUGGGACCGUUUGGUUCAGAGCCUUGAGACGAACCACUCCCAGCUAUCUACAGUUGCCAGCAUCACCAAGCAGUCUGAGAUGACCCAUUCUGUCACUGCAACCGUUACCAAGGUAACAACAAGAGAGAAGGUGUCAGCUUUACGCCGUACUCGAGAGUCACCGCCACCACAAAAGAAAAGACAAGUAGUUGUAGAUUCUGAGCUCAGGAAAAGUUUCAUGCACCCUUUUCUGCUGACCUAUCUCAGCAGGUUUGACGUUGACUUCACAGAGGUCCACAGCUACAUGACCCGUGGCGAGGCCAUCCUACAGAGUCCUGAGUUAUCCGUAUCACGCAAAGAUGGGAGCAUUCAAGAACUACAUGACAAAGUGCAGGCAAUCGAGCGAGAGCGGCCAGAGAAGUACAGGAAGCUUCAAGAGGCGACACGCACGGCGCAGAGCCUCGUCGAGCAGGAGGGAAGUCGUGCUGACGACAUUGCUCAGGCAGCGGAUCAGUUGAACCAGCGCUGGGUGGGAUUCUGUUCCCUAUUGGCUGACAAGCUGGCAUGGCUGGCCUACCAGACCAAGGUGCUGGCCUUCUACAGUUUGUUUGAGCUGUGUGAGCAGACGGUUGAUAACAGUGAGAACUGGCUCAAAGUCCAGGCGCCUCCAGCAUGUGACCCAGAACCACUCAGAAUACAGCUGGACCGAUGUCGGGAAGAGUUGGCUCGCCUGUCUUCCCUACAACCCAAAGUUGACCUUCUGGAGAAGCAGCUGACGGAGCUGAAGGCGGAGAAGGAAGGGGAUGAGGAUUGUUCAGCCUUGCUGGAUGCUGAUAUCAAUGCUUUCAAAGAACACUACAAUGAGGUCCUGGAAGAUCUACGGGCAAGAGAGAGGCAGCUACAAUUAGUUUUGGAAAGCUUGCCCCCAGACCGAUAUAAGGAGACCAUAUCAACUCUGUUGGCAUGGUUGCAGCAGUGUGAAGUCAAACUGGCCGUCCCAUCCACAGCUGUUACAGAGUAUCCUGUGAUGGAACAGAGAUUAAAGGACGUUCAGGCUCUCCAGGCAGCGUUGACUGAUCACCAGGGGGAGGUUGACUACCUAAACGCAGCUGUGGAGCAGGUUUUCCUCAAAGCCCCGCCAGACAUCAGUCAAAAGUACCGCACAGAGAUGGAUGCAGUCAUGGCACGCUGGAGACGACUAGGCUCCUCAUUAACAGACAAUGCCCAUAGAAUCCAGGAGCUUAUGGCCAAACUGAUGCAGUUUGAGAAUGACAUUAAGACGUUAAAGAAAUGGAUGGCAGAUGUGGAUGUCUUUCUGAAUGAAGAAUGGCCUGCUCUGGGAGACUCUGAAGCACUGGAGAAGCAAUUAGAGCAGUGUACAGCGCUGGUGAACGACAUCCACACCAUCCAACCCAGUGUCAACGGUAUCAACGAAGUGGGCCUGUACCUCAAAGGGGAGGCCGAGCCCCCAUAUGCCAUCCACAUCCAGAAAGAGCUGGAUGAACUCAAUACUCAGUGGGAGAUCGUCUGCAAACAAGCAUAUGCAAAGAAGUCAGCUCUAAAGGGAGGUCUGGAUAAGACCAUGGCACUGAGGAAAGAGAUGCAGGAGAUGCAAGAGUGGAUCAACCAGGCAGAGGAAGACUACCUGGAGAGAGACUUCACUUACAAGACACCUGAAGAGCUGCGCAAGGCCGUGGAGGAGCUCAAGAGAGCCCAGGAAGAGGUCCACUCCAAGGAGCUAAAGGUCAACCUUCUGACUGAAAGUGUGAACAGUUUCAUUGGCAAGGCCCCUCCCACGGCCCAUGAUGCUUUGCGUCAGGAACUUGACAUUCUGACUGGCAAUUAUCAGCGCCUGUGUAGUCGCCUGGAUGGAAAAUGUAAAACUCUAGAGGAGGUGUGGGCCAUUUGGUGCGAGUUACUGUCCUACCUGGAGCAGGAAAAUGCCUUCCUGGACCAGCUGGAGCAGAAACUAGACGAGACAGAAAAUCUGCAAGGAGGAGCAGAAAGGCUGCAGGAGGCGCUGAAUAGCAUAGAGGUUCUUUUGCAACACCCUGAAGACAACAGGAACCAAAUCCGUGAGCUGGCGCAGACACUGAUGGACGGGGGCGUUCUGGAUGAACUGAUUCAGCAAAAACUGGAUGUUUUCAAUACUCGAUGGGAUGAACUGAUGGCAAGGGCUGCGCUGAAGCAGAAGGAACUGGAGAGGAAUAUGCAGUGGGCCCUGGAGAAUGACAAGACACUGAGACAGAUCCAGGACUCUUUGGCCAACACGGACCGUCACCUCACUGCGUACCUCGCUGACCGUAUCGAUGCCCAGCAGAUCCCGCAGGAAGCUCAGAAAAUCCAGACGGAGCUGAGUGGCCAUGAAGCAACCCUGGAGGACCUGAGGAAAAGGAACCAGGACAAAGAACAUUCCCAGAAGAUCAUGGGGCAGAUGGAUUUAACCCAGAAAAUGCUGGCGGACGUGUGGACAAAGUUCCGUCUGUUCCAGAAGCCGGUUAAUUUUGACUCUCGGCUGGCCGAGUGCGAGCAGGUGCUAGCGGCGGUCAAAGCUCAGGUGGGGUUGCUGGACAUCCAUAGUGUGGAGCAGGACGUGCUGCAGUCACAACUGGAGCAGUGCAUGAAAUUGUACAAGACGCUGAGUGAAGUGAAAGGCGAGGUGGAGACGGUGAUUAAAACGGGUCGACAGGUUGUUCAGAGGCAACAGACGGAGCAACCGAAGGAACUAGAUGACAGAGUUACAGCACUUAAACUGCUUUACAAUCAGCUGGGAGCACAGGUGACAGAGAGUAAAAUGGAGCUUGAGAAGAGUCUGAAGUUAUCAAAGAAGUUGUGUAAGGACCUGAAUGGACUGACGGAGUGGCUGGCUGCUACGGAUGCUGAGCUGACCAGGCGCUCUGCUGUGGAGGGGAUGCCCAGUGACCUGGAGGCGGAGGUGGCCUGGGCACAGUCGAUCCACGCGGAAACAGAGCAGCGUCAGCCGAAGCUGCAGGUGGUGAUGGACCUUGCCGAGAGCCUCAAGGCCGUCCUGCGGGGCCACGGGGGCCUGGUGGAUGACAAAGUCAGCCUGCUGCGCUGCAACUGGAUCGCAGUCACGUCCAGGGCAGAGGAAUGGCACAACCUUCUGCUGGAAUACCAGCAGCAGAUGCAGAAGUUGGACAGACAGAUGGAGGAAGUGAACAAAUGGAUCGAUGGAGCAGAGAAAAAGAUGGAUGAGAUUGAAAGUCAGGGACCGAAUGACGCUGCACUGAAGGUUCUGCGUGCAGAGCUGGCGUUAACCAAGGGGAAGAUGGAUGAGGUGAGAGCUUUGGCGCAGGAGCUCAUGUCCACCAGGGGGGAGAACUGCCAGGCUCAGGUGGGACCCAAAGUGGAGAAACUCUCCCAGAGAUUUGACUCCAUCUCUCAACGCAUCACAUCUGGAAUGACGGCGGCGUCGGCCAGAGAGCUGGAGCAGUACCACAACGAAGCUCAGGUCUGGCUGGACCGACUAGAGGAGGAGGCCAAACAAGGGGAAAACCUGAAGGAAGAGGACUUCCAGGAGAACAAGAGUUUUGAAGAAGAUGCAGUGAAGGAAUUAUUGUUGAGAGGAGAGAAUCUACAGAAGAGAGCUCCAGAUCAUGAGAAGCAAGAGCAGAUCAGACUGAAACACAACCAUCUCAACAGCAAGUACAGCACCGUUAAGGACCUUCGUCUGCUGAGGAACAGGAAGGCGCUGGCCAUCGCUCCCCAGUGGUACCAGUACAGAAGGACGUCACAUGACCUGCUGGCCUGGUUGGACGACAUCCAACGCAGCGUGGAUGAGCUGCCCGACCCCCCCGAGGGAGAGAGGGUCAAGGAAAUUGCCUCCGAGUUCGACAAGAAGAAGGAGGAACUUAAGGAGGUGCAGGGCUUAGCCAAUCAGCUCUCAGAAUCUGGAGCCGCCAAUCUAGUGGAGCCCCGCCAACUCCAGCUGAACACACGCUGGGUUGAGGUGGAGGGCAAGUUCAUUCCCUUCAAAAGGCAAUGUUUCCCUGAUCUCCCAGUCACUCCAGAUGAGUAUUUAACACAACUCCAUGCAUUGCUGCGUUCGGUAUCGGAGACGGACUUCAAGCUGAACUCCCCUGAGUACUGGCCAGCAGCGUAUUAUAACCUGCCGCAGCAGGAGCUCUGCCUGAAGGAAGUAAAGGAGGACAUCAACAACCUACAAGGCCCAGUGGAGGGAGCUCUGUCCUGCAGGGAGGAGAUGGUGUCCGGUGCUCGGCCUCUGGAGGGCCAAGGCAUCCAGGAAACCGCUACUGUACUCAGCACUAACUGGUCCAAACUGAACAAACUUCAUCAGGACAGACUCAAGCGUUGGCAGGAUUGCACCUCCAAGUGGCAGAAGUUUGUUUCGGAUGGGAAGGCUUUGGAGGAGGGGCUGGAUAAUGCUGAGAGCACCUUGAAAUUGGCUGAGAGUGAACCGGCACAACACAGACAGAAAGUCAGGGACCUGGCAGAGGCCAUGCCCCGUUUGGAGGUGACGCUGGGCAGUGUGAACUCUGCAGGGGAGGACAUCAGCCAGAUGAGCACACCAGAUGACGCCUCGCGCCUCAGAUCACAGCUGAAAUUAUAUAAUACUCGCUGGGCCAAUGUCUGCCAACAACUGAGAGAGUGCAAAAGAAGGUCUGCUGAGGGACACAUGGCAGCUGCAGAGCUGCAGGAGGACAUGAGCUCGAUGCUGGGCUGGCUGGACGGGGCUGACCGGGUCCUGGCCAUCCCUCUCCAGCCCUCAGAGCCGCAGCACAUCAGAGACACGCUGGAGAAAGUCCAGGCAUUCGUGGAGGAUAUUCCUGCAAAGACGGUAGCGGUGGAGGACUUGAACUCCAGACAGAAACAGAUAACCCUUCCUACCGACAAACACAAAGACAUCAAGAUCAUAAACACUCGCUGGCCUCAGGUGUCCAAGGCUCUGCCUGAGCGUAAACUAGAGAUUGAGAGUCUACUGAAGGAUUUACUGAAGAUCCAGGGUCAGCUGGACGGCCUGUCCGUCUGGGCAUCAAGUACCAGAGCCAAGCUGGAGCAAUCACCUGAGGAGCCACCGGCCACACUCAUCGAGGAGGUACAAGUGAAACAGCCAGAGGUGGAGUUUGUGUUGCAGCGAGCCGAUCAGCUGUACGAGAACAUUCCUCCAGGCCACGUGGAGAAGGUGAAGUGUACCAGGCUGAGGGAAGACUGGAUGGUGAUUCUGGAGCUUCUGCGGCAGCAUAAAGAGAGGACUGCUCUGCUCGUGUCCAAAAGAGCCCAGGAAAGUUUGGUAGGAAGUUCCCAGCCUGAAUCUGCAGCGCUGGCUUCGUUCAACAAGUCUUGGGCUGAGCUCACCGACUGGCUCACCAUGCUGGACAAUAUGGUGCAAAACAAGCAGGUGGUUGUGGCAGACCUGGAUGACAUUGAAGAAAAUAUCAGCCAACUCAAGGCGAGCCUGCUGGAGUUCGACCGGCGUCAUCCCCUCCUGGAGAAACAACUCACAGCAGCACAGAACCUGAAGAACAAAACCAGCAACCAGGAGACACGCAAUGCUAUAACUGAACGAAUUGACAGGCUUCAGACUCACUGGGAAGAGUCUCAGAUAAAACUCUCUGAUAGGAUGAAACAACUUCUCAACAUGCUGCAGGACUCCAGAAACUGGCUCGAUUCCAAGAGGGAGAUGGAUCAUCUCACCAAACAGGCCAGUGAAAGGCUAGAAUCAUGGCAGGAGAUCACUUACUCGGUGGAUACUUUGAAGCAACAACACACUGAUCUGAAGCUCUUCAUGAAAAAGUUAAAUCAAUGGCAGGGACAGGUGGUUGAAAGCAACGCGCUAGCCAACAAGUUGCUGACACUGUAUGCAAACGACGACACGCACAAAGUCAGCCAAGUCAACGACAGCAUGGUGGCCACAUGGACCCACAUCAACAAACGUGUUUCAGACAGAGAGGCAGCAGUGGAAGCCGCCCUGAAGCUGCUGCAGCACUUCUACCUGGAUCUGGAGAAGUUUCUCAACUGGCUGACUGAAGCCGAGACCACCUGCAAUGUUUUAAUAAACGCUACCAACAAGGAAAGACUGCAGGAACAGCCUGAAAAUGCCAGAAAGCUGCUUGCUCAGUGGAAGGACCUUCAAGCAGAGAUUGACAACCACACAGAGUUGUAUCACUCCCUGGAUGAAAAUGGACAAAGGAUUCUGGCCUCGCAAGGAGACUCAGAAGACAGUGUUCUGCUGCAGAAACGUCUGGACAACAUGCACCAGCGCUGGAACGACCUGCACAACAACACGCUCACCAUGAGGUCCCAGCUGGACUCGGAUAUGGCCCCGUGGAAGAGGCUCCACAUGUCCCUGCAGGAGCUGCUGAACUGGCUGAGAAUCAAAGGUCAACAGUUACACCAGGAGAUGCCUGUAGGGGGCGACGUCCCUGCAGUGCAGACGCAAAUUGACACACACAGAGUUUUCAGGAAAGACUUGAGAACUAAGGAGCCAAGUGUGGUCAAAGCUCUGGAUGAUGCAGCAGUUUUUCUGUCGGAGCUGCCAAAGGAGCCUCUAUCACCUGAACAGAGAGAUAUCAGCCCAGAAGAGCGUGCUCAGAAUGUGGGGAGAGUCUUGCGUAAAGAAGCGGACAACACCAAGAACAAGUGGGACCUGCUCAACACGGACUCCAUGAACUGGCAGAGGAGGCUGGAGUUGGCUCUGGACCGGCUGAUGGAGCUGCAGGAGGCCGAGGACCUGCUGGACACACAGCUGAGGCAGGCGGAGUUGGUGAAAGAGUCCUGGGAACCCGUGAGGGAACUGUCCAUGACCGCCCUGCCCGAGCACAUCGAAAGAGUGAAGGAAUUCCAAGAAGAGAUUGUACUGAUCAAAGAUGACGUUACACAAAUGAACCAGUUGGCGUCCACUUUUGAUCCACCCGACAUCCAGCUUUCUCCUAGCAACCUGGAACGCAUUGAAGAUCUCAACACGCGCUGGAGAUUGCUACAAAUCUCUGUUGAGGAGCAUCUGACGGAGUUGACAGACACUCACAGGGACUUUAUCCAAGGAUCCGUAGAAAGUCCCUUCGAGCAAGGCGUCUCUCCAAACAAUGUGCCCUAUUAUAUCAAUCAUCAGACCCAGACUACAUGCUGGGACCAUCCCAAGAUGGCUGAGCUCUACCAAUCUCUGGCUGACUUGAACAACGUUCGGUUUUCAGCCUAUCGAACAGCCAUGAAGCUCAGACGCCUGCAGAAAGCUCUCUGCUUGGACCUGCUCAGCAUGCCGGUAACGUGUGAGGUGUUGGAGCAGCACAACCUGAAGCAGAAUGACCAGCUGCUGGACAUCUCCCAGCUGGUGGCCUGUCUGACCAGCCUGUACCAGCGGCUGGAGCAGACCCACUCCCACCUGGUCAACGUCCCACUGUGUGUGGACAUGUGCCUGAACUGGCUGCUCAACGUCUACGACACAGGACGCACUGGGAAGAUUCGGACUUUGUCCUUCAAAACUGGAAUCAUCUCUCUCUGCAAAGCUCAUCUCGAAGAUAAAUACAGAUUCCUGUUCCGACAGGUUGCCAGUGCAACGGGCUUCUGCGACCAGCGGCGCCUGGGUCUCCUCCUCCACGAUUCCAUCCAGAUUCCUCGGCAGCUCGGAGAAGUCGCAUCCUUCGGUGGCUCCAACAUUGAGCCCUCCGUCCGCAGCUGCUUCCAGUUUGCCAACAACAAACCUGAACUGGAGGCCGCCAUGUUCCUUGACUGGAUGCGCCUGGAGCCGCAGUCCAUGGUUUGGUUACCUGUCCUGCAUCGAGUUGCAGCUGCUGAAACAGCUAAACAUCAAGCAAAAUGCAACAUCUGUAAGGAGUGUCCCAUAAUAGGGUUCAGGUAUCGGAGCCUGAAACAUUUCAACUAUGACAUCUGCCAGAGCUGCUUCUUCUCUGGCCGCGUUGCCAAAGGACACAAGAUGCAAUAUCCCAUGGUGGAGUACUGCACUCCGACUACAUCAGGGGAGGAUGUCAGAGAUUUUGCUAAGGUGCUGAAGAACAAGUUCAGGACCAAGCGUUACUUUGCCAAACAUCCACGAAUGGGUUACCUACCUGUCCAGACCAUCCUAGAGGGAGACAACAUGGAAAAUCCUGUCACUUUGAUCAACUUCUGGCCUGUAGAUCAUGCGCCUGGAUCAUCUCCGCAGCUCUCACAUGAUGACACACACACUCGGAUCGAACACUACGCCAACCGGUUAGCAGAAAUGGAGAACCGUAACGGCUCGUAUCUGAAUGACAGUAUCUCACCCAAUGAAAGCAUCGAUGACGAGCACAUGUUGAUCCAGCACUACUGCCAGUCUCUGAACCAGGGCUCUCCUCUCAGUCAGCCCCGCAGCCCUGCCCAAAUCCUCAUCUCCAUGGAAACCGAGGAGAAGGGAGAGCUAGAGAGGGUCCUCAAUGACCUGGAGCAGGAGAACAGGAAGUUGCAGUCUGAGUAUGACCGGCUGAAAAAGGCGCACGACAGGAAGGGUUUAUCCCCGUUGCCUUCACCGCCUGAAAUGCUCCCGAUGUCACCACAGAGCGCGCGAGACGCUGAGCUCAUCGCAGAGGCCAAACUACUGCGACAACACAAAGGGCGAUUGGAAGCACGCAUGCAGAUCCUGGAAGAUCACAACAAACAGCUGGAGUCUCAGCUGCACAGGUUGCGGCAGCUACUGGAGCAGACGGACUCCAAGGUGAACGGCACAGCGCUGUCCUCUCCCUCCACGUCCUCCCAGCGCUCCGACUCCUCCCUGCCUGUCCUCCGCGUGGCUGCCAGCCAGACUACUGAUACCAUGGGUGAUGAUGAGCUGUCCAGCCUUUCCCAAGAUGCAAGUGGCCUGGAGGAAGUGAUGGAACAGCUCAACAAUACUUUCCCUCACAGCCAGGGUCCCAGCAUUGGCAGUUUGUUCCACCUGGCUGAUGAUCUGGGCCGCGCCAUGGAGUCACUCGUCAGCGUAAUGACGGAUGAGCAGAGCGCCGAACGGCAGCAGGCCCUGACUUUCUGAUUCCGCCCGAUAACCUUUCCCUUCAGCGUAUGGCAUGCUUUUCUAGUCAAAACAACUGGAUUAAGAAAAGUUUACAAAGAGAAUAUAAUGUCUAUUUUUGUGAAUGAUUGUUGUUCCAAUAACUUAGAUUUCAGUAGUUUCUUAAAAUGCCCUAAGGUUGUUAACUGAAGCUGGUUUUUAAACUUCUAUGCAAUUGUAUGAAACAAGUGGGUUUGGGAAACAAAUAAAGAUGAGAUGAAAAUAAGUAUGUUCAGUAUGGUCGUAUGUUUGCUAUCUCUUUCUAAUUUGUGAAACAGCUAAAGAACUACAGACAUUUGUAUCAAAAUAUUGAUUGUAAUAAGGCUGUUUUCUCAUAGGAAAUUCAAAAAGCAGCGUGUUUGAGUCUAUGUAAAUAUAGUAGGUGGUGCGGAAUAUUACAUGGGCUAUGGGUGGAAAACCUCAUGUUACAGUAUAUUUAAAAUUUUCAUUCAGCAAUCCGUUCAGCCAUCCGUCCUUAUCAAUGACAGCCGUUUUUUGUGAAAGUGCACUAUGCUGGGCAAAAAAUUCUAUCUGCUCAAAUAGACACUGUACAAGUCAUUAAACCACACAAUUAUAUUGUCAAAACUGUGAAACAUAUUCACGACUCCGAGUUCCUCCCGAGUUUAAAUAAUUUGACAGAAUUCAACAUCACUUGGAUACCAAUUUAAAUAACAUUAAUGUGACCCGACAGCAUAAAACUAUUUUGUUACUCAGUCAGUGCAGCUAUGGAUAUUUGAUCACUAUAAAUUAUUGAUAAACCAUGUAUGAAGAAAAUGUCAAAGCUAAGACAUGAGUUGACAGAAUUCUUAGUUAGACAAAGAACAAUAAUCAUUGGCCCGUUCAUUCAUGAUUAAUGAUUAAAUCUGUUAAAUAUACUGCCUGUCACAUGGUAUUGUUGCAAAGAAAAAGUGGAUGUAACAUUAAAUAGUUAACAACAGCAGGGUAAAACACAUUUUGCAUAUACCACUUAUGUCCUGGUGUCAGUUUUUGCAUGAAGCUGACGCAUUAAAGCAAAGUUUCUAAGGGGGAGGAUGUAAGUGAUGAGUUGGACUCGAGCAGAUCUGAAAGUAACCUCUUAAUCAUUUCAGUGAACAUCUUUACUUUCUUUCCAAGAAAAGAUUUUAAGCAUCUUUGUAUACAGCGUUAAAUGGCUGUGAAAUUAGAUUUCUAGAAACUCCUAAAUAUGCACAGAAUAUUUCUUGCAUUAAUACUUUAAUUUUAGUGUAAUGAAAGGGACAAUUUCUGUCAGCUCUGCAUUGGGCAUUGAUGAAAACAUAAAAGCACAAUUGUUGCACUGACCCUCAUUAAGGAUUUGAUUACAUUUUUUAUUCCAGAUGCAUUUUCAGUGUCUCCUGACAAACAUAUGCAGCGUCCAAGUAGACCCUACAUUAGUUUACCAGUUGACAGCUUCUUUUUGUCAACACUGUAAGAGGAACAAAAGUAUUUUGAUUACAAAUGAAGCAAUACCGUGUUAUAAUGCUGCUAGUUUGAGAUUGUUAAGAUUUAUCCUUUAUGAAUGAGAACAGUUUCUACCAAGAAACAUUUGCAUUUUUAAGAGGCCUGGGGAAUAUAAACUCUACCUCGUUGAAUUUUUGAAGUUCAAAGGCAGUUUCUCUACUGUAAUCAGUUCAGCUCUCUCAGAUUGAUGUUUAUUAACUGAUUAUUGCUGCCCGAUUGGUUUAUGUCAUUUAUUGGAGUUAGUCCAUACAUGUUCUCUGCAUUGUAGGAACUUCCAGGCCGAAUGUUGAGAUGCAUUCAUUGUAUUUUUCAGUCUAUAAGAGACUGUGACUCAAGUAAAAAAAACACAAAUCUGAUUAUUCUGUGCAUUACUGUCAAAAAUGAAACAUACUGGGGGGAUACUGUUUUUUUUAGUGUGUGUGUGUGUAAGAAGUGUUUGUUUUAGUCUAGUGUUACGUUUUUGUUAAAAGGCAGUUUUGAUGUGUGAGAUGCUCAAAUAUUAGCAUGUGUGACCAAAAAAUAAUAAUAAUAAUUAAUUUAUAUUAAAGGUGGAUCACCGUUUGGCAUCAAUUUCUUGCAGCAUGAUUCAUGAUUUAUUUUGUUUCUUUCCUGUUGAUCCAGACAGUGAAUUUAAUUUGAUUUGUUUGGAUUUGAUUUCUAACUUUUGUGUCACUCAUCAUUUUUUGAUAACAAGUCUGUAUUUCACAACAUAUCAGACUCCACCAAAUGUAUGCCUUACUACUGUAUUAGAAAAUGCUUUACUGUAUAUCAAUAAAGCACGCAGUUAUGUUGA